AUGUCACACGAAGGCGAGGAAGAUUUAUUGGAAUAUUCCGAUAACGAACAGGAAAUCCAGGUUGACAACACGAAGGCCACUGAGGUAGCCGGUAACGGAGAAGAGGCAGCUGACGGAAAGGAUGGAGACAAGAAGGGAUCGUACGUAGGUAUUCACUCGACAGGUUUUAAGGAUUUUCUGUUGAAGCCAGAGCUUUCCCGGGCCAUUAUUGACUGUGGUUUCGAACAUCCAUCUGAGGUCCAACAACACACCAUCCCACAAUCAAUUCACGGUACGGACGUUCUAUGUCAGGCAAAGUCCGGUCUCGGGAAAACUGCUGUGUUUGUGUUGUCAACGCUGCAGCAAUUGGACCCUGUUCCAGGCGAGGUAUCAGUGGUCGUUCUGUGCAAUGCCAGAGAAUUGGCUUAUCAGAUCAGAAACGAGUACUUGAGAUUCUCGAAAUAUAUGCCGGACGUGAAAACAGCUGUUUUCUAUGGUGGCACAGACACUAGGAAGGACAUUGAGUUGUUAAAAAACAAAGAUACUGCGCCACAUAUUGUAGUUGCAACGCCGGGACGGUUGAAGGCGCUGGUACGGGACAACAAUAUUGACUUGUCUCACGUUAAGAACUUUGUUAUCGAUGAGUGUGACAAGGUGUUGGAGGAGCUCGAUAUGAGAAGAGAUGUGCAAGACAUUUUCAGGGCAACUCCUAGAGAUAAGCAGGUGAUGAUGUUCUCUGCUACGCUAUCUCAAGAGAUCAGACCGAUCUGUAGACGUUUCUUGCAAAACCCUCUGGAGAUUUUUGUUGAUGACGAAGCUAAGUUGACCUUGCACGGUUUGCAGCAGUACUAUAUCAGGCUUGAGGAACGUGAGAAGAACCGUAAGCUGGCUCAAUUGUUGGAUGAUUUGGAAUUUAACCAGGUUAUUAUCUUCGUAAAAUCGACACUUAGAGCAAACGAAUUGACUAAGCUGUUGAAUGCUUCCAACUUCCCUGCAAUUACUGUUCACGGUCACAUGAGACAGGAAGAGCGUAUUGCCCGCUACAAGGCCUUCAAGGAAUUUGAAAAGCGUAUCUGUGUGUCAACAGACGUUUUCGGUAGGGGUAUUGAUAUCGAGCGUAUCAACCUAGCGAUCAACUACGAUAUGCCUAGUGAGGCAGACCAAUACCUCCACAGAGUCGGUAGAGCGGGCAGAUUCGGUACCAAAGGUCUGGCUAUUUCCCUUGUGUCCUCAAAAGAUGAUGAGGAGGUUUUAGCUAAGAUCCAAGAACGUUUUGACGUGAAGAUCACCGAAUUUCCAGAAGAAGGUGUCGACCCAUCUACCUAUUUGAACACUUGA